AUGUCAUCCAGCGCCACCUCGACUCCUGCUUCAACUAAAUUACCUCCUGCCUCGAAUUCGGCCAAUUAUACGCAGACUCCCUCUUCUUCCGGUCUCGAGUCCUCUUCCAAACGAAGCAACAGCUCCGGGGGUUUUGGUUCUGGUGCUUCAACGCGUCAUACCACCCAAGCGCGUGGAAAUCAACCCCUCCGGAAACAGCAUAAAACACAGAGAAAGCCACGUCUGUUAGUGGAGGAUGUUCUUGGUGAUUCUCCCGCCAUGAGGUCAAUCAAUAGCCGCAAGGGUCAGACCUCGAUCACUCAUCUUAUGAACUUCAGUCUACCUCCCCGCCCUCAGCAACACUAUCAGCAUCACUUCAAUAACCGACAGCCCAGACGCAAUGCUACAUUCGGUCUCGGCUCCGGCUAUCAUGCUGUGGACAAGGCUCGCUAUGUCCACGCCAAUUACCGGUUUAUUGUCCGCCCGGACCGGGAAUAUCACGCUCAGACAACCGAUGCGGAUGUGUAUGUAAGUUGGGACGCAGUUCUACAGGUGCUCGCAUCCGCCGAAACCCAGUCAGCCAGCUGUCCGAUCUGCCUCUCAACACCCGUUGCUCCGCGCAUGGCUAGAUGUGGUCAUAUCUUCUGUUUGCCCUGCUUGAUACGCUAUAUGCAUUCCAGCGACGAGACAAACACGGUUCCAGAGAAACGAGCUCGGUGGAAGAAAUGUCCCAUCUGUGAAGAUAGCAUAUACACCUCCGAGGUUAGACCGGUGAAGUGGGUUUCUGGCCAUGAUGCUAGCAUGUUAAGAGAAGGAGGGGAUGUCCUCCUCAAGCUGUUGAUGCGUGAGCCAGGUACAACACUGGCAUUACCUCGCGAUACGGCUGAUGGAUAUGGCCGCUCAGGUGAUAUCCCCUGGUUCCACGUCGCCGAGAUGAUGGAGUACGCUCGGUUCAUGAAAGGUGGCGAAGACUACAUGGCAGCCCAGUAUGAUCAGGAGAUUAUUGAUAUUGAAGCCCAGGAAAGGGAGGACGAAUUGAUGUUCGGCGAUGAUAUUACCUGGACUCAAAAAGCGGUUCUGUCGAUUGGAGAUGCCAAACAGAAAUUGGCCGGGCUCGGCAAUCCACCGUCUACGGUAUCGGCCGCGACAACCACAGAGACCGCUUGGACUUCCGAGUCCGGUGAGACAGCUGCCCACGGACGACCGUCAACUUUGACCGCUGCAAUGAAGACUCUGUCGCUCGAACAAGGAACCAAUCCCACCAAAUCUACAAACACCAUCACGACAUCCGAGACUGGAAGCGCUCGUCCGCCGUCACAUCCCUUCUAUUUCUAUCACGCGUUGCCUAACUUUUUCCUUUCGCCGCUAGACAUACGGAUCCUCAAAACUGCUUUUGGGGACUUUUCCUCUUUUCCGUCAACAAUCCUUCCGCGAGUCGAGCAUAUCUCUACUGGGCACAUCAUAGACGAUGACCUACGCAAACGGGCCAAGUACAUGGCGCAUUUGCCGUAUGGCUACGAAGUCAGCUUUCUGGAAUGUGAUUGGACCGAUAUCAUCAGCCCAACAGUGCUGGAACAAUUCCGUGAUGAUAUCGCAAGGAGACGGAAGCGGAAUUCCGAAAAAGAGGCGCGUGAAGAGAGAGAUAGGAUCCGUGCAGAGAAGGAGGAAGACGAUAAACGAUGGGCUUCCGCAAGAAGGCGGAGGCCGAGCUCUGUCUCCAAAACCUUCAGCGAGGCAGAUUUUCGGCCACUAGUUAACACCAACGCUCAACCGAGUUCUUCUCCUGGAGAGUCAGCUCUUGCCGCCACUCCUCCGUGGGGCAAUACAAGAAAACAUUCCUCGUUUGCCCCGUUGGCCAGUCCUGGGACAAGCCCCGACGCACCAAGAACCGUCUGGGGCACAGCAGCUGUUCCGGCCACGUCGCCAGUCCUGGUUGCUGCGCCUGAGUCCGAGUCUGUUUCGCGCGAUGACGGCUGGCUUCAGGGCUGGGAAAUGGACUUGCUGGACGAUGGCGAGGCAGUCGCCAUGGUCGAAGCCAGUCUCGCUGGUGGAGCCAGCUCCAGCUCGCAGCCUCGACCCUUCGGCGGGCAAGCGAAGAAGGGCAAGAAGAAGAAGAUUACAUUGAUGUCGACGAAUAAUAGACGGGGUGCUUGA